CUCGACUGGACUGUACUGGACUGGACUGUGCUGGACUUGAGUGGACUGCACCGGACAGGAUUGCACUGGAAAGGACUGUACUGGCCUGGAUUGGAUUGGACUGGUCUGGAUUUGGACUGGACUGGACUGGACUGGACUGGACUGGACUGGACUGGACUGGACUGGACCGGACUGGACUGGUCUGGACUGGACUGCACUCGACUGGACUGGACUGGACUGCACUUUGCUGGACCGGAAUGUACUGGACUGGACACGGUUGGACCGGAUUGGACUGGACUGGCCUGGAUGGGAUUGGACUGCUGCACUGGACGUGACUGGACUGUACUGGACUGGACUGGACUGGCGUGGACUGGGCUGCAAUGGAGUGGACUGGACUGGACUGGACUGGGAAGGAAUGGACUGGACUGGAUUGGACUGGACUGGACUGGACUGGCCUGGAUGGGAUUGGACUGGUCUGCAGUGGACAUGACUAUACAAAACUGCAAUGGACGUGACUGGACUGUACUGGACUGGACUGGCCUGGCGUGGACUAGACUGCAAUGGAUUGGACUGGAGUGGACUGGACUGGAAAGGAAUGGACUGGACUGGAUUGGACUGGACUGGACUGGACUGGACUGUGCUGGACUGGACUGGAAUUGA